AUGGCGCGGUUUUUGCUGCUGUCCAUUUGUGCGCCCACGAUGGUGAUGGCGAUGGUGAUUUGGCCAGAUUUCGUGCACAACGAGACAAGGCUCAGCUUACCUAAGCCGACCACAUGGAAAGAGAAAAACCUUGGGCAAUGGUGUCGAAACUUCACCAUCAAUCAGCACACACAAUGUCGCGAGGCCUCAGCAUUCCAUCAGUACAACUGCUGUGGCACGCACAACACCGAUUGUUGUUUUGCGAUACAGGGAUGGGUGAUCCUGCUCGGCUCGUUCAGUGCCUUCAUCGCUUGUGCAUCGGUCCUCUUCUAUUUGCUGCCUCAAAAUUCCAAAUAA